AAGUUAACAGCAACAGGAUGGGCUGAUGAUCUCUAAAGACUCUUUUGACCAUACCAAGAAAGACGGAAAGCUAAAGGAGACUGAAAAUGAAUGAAAAGUGUCAUCAGUUUUUGUUGCGACUGAUAAUUCUGUUCCUUCUGAGAGGUGCGAGUGGGGUGCUGACCGAUGUGUUCUGCAGUUAUGGAGAAAAUGUCACUCUGCCCUGUAAUAAUGCUCAUGCUGACUGCACAUGGAUCUAUGAGAGAAACAGAGAUUCAAUUGCAGUUGUACUGUUUGCUAAUGGAAUAAAGAAGAAUAACACAGAGAGACAUGACAGACUGAGCCUGGAAUCUGACUGCUCUCUGAACAUCUAUAAAGUCACAAAAGAAGAUCGUGGGCUUUACAGCUGCAAGCAAUAUAAGGACGGAAUCAAACGACUGGAAGAUGGUCCCAGUUUUUCUCUGCAUGUUCUUCAUGUUUCUUCACCAUCUACACAGACUGAGAUCAGACCAGGCAGCUCUGUGACUCUCUCCUGUCAUCUGUAUUCAUAUGAUGAAUAUUAUUGUGACCCUUUGGUUGAUAUUGAUGGAGUUCAGCUGGUCUGGGUGAAUCAUGCUGGUGUUAAUCUGCAAACAUACUCCAGAUUUCAGAUAUUACACUCAGGACAUUGUAACAGCACUCUGACUACAACAUUUCUGAAUGAAGACAACAACACAGAGUGGAGAUGUUUGGCUACUUUUAAAAAUGAAGUGAAGACCUCAGCCAGCUACACUGUUGAGUAUUUAGUGGCAGUCUGGCCAACUUUGGAUGUGUCAUCAAGCAGAGUGAUAAUAUUUCUUGGUGAGAUUGCAGCAUUAACAGCUCCUACUGUAAUUCUUCUUCUGAUCUUCUGUGAAAAAAGACCCAGUGAGUUUUGGUUCAUUAUCUGA